CGCCCCUCCCCCAGCGCGGCUCCCGGCGCGGCCCCGGCCCCGGCGCGAGCGGGAGGAGGAGCUGCGGCUUCAGUGGCCGCUCGGGCAGGUCGGCGGCGCCACGGGAAGCCGCCGACGGCGCGGGCUGCCUGUCCCAGCGCGCAGGAGGCGCGCGGGCGGCGCUGGGGCCAUGGAGCUUGGUGACGCGGCACGCCUCGGCCCGGAGCGGGUGGUUCGGGCGCUGCCACCGCGGCUGCUGCUGCUGCCGCUGCUCCCGCUGCUGCUGGGUCGGGGGCUGCGCGCGGCGGCCUCGGCCUCCUCCUCUGGGGCGGCGGCCGAGGACAGCAGCGCUAUGGAGGAGCUCGCCACGGAGAAGGAGGCGGAGGAGAGCCACCGGCAGGACAGCGUGAGCCUGCUCACCUUCAUCCUGCUGCUCACGCUCACCAUCCUCACCAUCUGGCUCUUCAAGCACCGCCGGGUGCGCUUCCUGCACGAGACCGGGCUGGCCAUGAUCUACGGGCUCAUCGUCGGGGUGAUCCUGAGGUACGGCACCACUGCCACCAGUGGUCAUGACAAGUCACUCAGCUGCACUCAGGAAGACAGGGCCUUCAGCACCUUAUUAGUAAAUGUCAGUGGGAAGUUCUUCGAAUACACCCUGAAAGGAGAAAUCAGCCCUGGCAAGGUCAACAGUGUAGAGCAGAACGACAUGCUGAGGAAGGUAACAUUUGAUCCAGAGGUCUUUUUCAACAUUCUACUGCCUCCAAUUAUUUUCCAUGCUGGAUACAGUUUAAAGAAGAGACACUUUUUCAGAAACCUUGGGUCUAUUCUGGCCUAUGCCUUCUUGGGGACUGCCGUUUCCUGCUUCAUUAUCGGAAAUCUCAUGUAUGGUGUGGUGAAGCUCAUGAAGAUUGUGGGGCAGCUCUCGGAUAAAUUUUACUACACGGAUUGUCUCUUUUUUGGAGCAGUUAUCUCUGCUACUGACCCAGUGACUGUACUGGCGAUAUUUAAUGAAUUGCAUGCAGAUGUGGACCUUUACGCACUUCUGUUUGGAGAAAGUGUCCUAAAUGAUGCUGUUGCCAUUGUACUGUCCUCGUCUAUUGUUGCCUACCAGCCAGCGGGGCUGAACACUCACGCCUUUGAUGCUGCUGCCUUUUUUAAGUCAGUUGGCAUUUUUCUAGGUAUAUUUAGUGGCUCUUUUACCAUGGGAGCUGUGACUGGUGUUGUGACUGCUCUAGUGACCAAGUUUACCAAGCUGCACUGCUUCCCCCUGCUGGAGACGGCGCUCUUCUUCCUGAUGUCGUGGAGCACCUUCCUCUUGGCGGAAGCCUGUGGGUUUACCGGCGUUGUAGCUGUCCUUUUCUGUGGAAUCACACAAGCUCAUUACACCUACAACAAUCUGUCGGUGGAAUCAAGAAGUCGAACGAAGCAGCUCUUUGAGGUGUUACACUUCCUGGCAGAGAACUUCAUCUUCUCCUACAUGGGCCUGGCGCUGUUUACCUUCCAGAAGCACGUUUUCAGCCCCGUUUUCAUCAUUGGAGCUUUUGUUGCCAUCUUCCUGGGAAGAGCUGCACACAUCUACCCGCUCUCCUUCUUCCUCAACUUGGGCAGAAGGCACAAGAUUGGCUGGAAUUUUCAACACAUGAUGAUGUUUUCAGGCCUCAGGGGAGCGAUGGCAUUUGCACUGGCUAUUCGAGACACGGCAUCCUACGCACGCCAGAUGAUGUUCACAACCACCCUCCUCAUUGUCUUCUUCACCGUCUGGAUCAUUGGUGGAGGCACGACGCCCAUGUUGUCAUGGCUUAAUAUAAGAGUUGGCGUCGAGGAGCCCUCCGAAGAGGACCAGAAUGAACACCGCUGGCAGUACUUCAGAGUUGGUGUUGAUCCAGAUCAAGACCCACCACCCAACAAUGACAGCUUCCAAGUCUUACAAGGGGAUGGUCCAGAUACUGCCAGAGGAAACCGGACAAAGCAGGAGAGUGCAUGGCUAUUCAGGCUGUGGUACAGCUUUGACCACAAUUACUUGAAGCCCAUCCUCACACACAGUGGCCCCCCAUUAACCACCACUCUCCCAGCCUGGUGUGGCUUGCUCGCUCGAUGUCUGACCAGUCCCCAGGUGUACGACAACCAAGAGCCGCUGAGAGAGGAAGACUCUGAUUUCAUCCUGACCGAGGGCGACCUCACCUUGACCUACGGGGACAGCACAGUGACUGCGAACGGCUCCUCAAGCUCCCACGCAGCCCCCACGAGCGCCGAGGAGGUGCUGGAACGAGACCUGGGAAUGGGAGAGCAGAAGGUUUCCAGCCGGGGCACCCGCCUGGUGUUUCCCCUGGAGGAUAACGCGUGACUCCCCGCCCCGAGCCCUGAGUGACGGGGUAGGCCCACUGGCGGGGUGAGGAUGGCUGCGAGCUUGACGUGGGGCCUUGACUGAAUGGAACUAAACACUUCUAUUUUAUUGGGGUCUGAAGAUAUCUUCACAUUUAAAAUUUAACCCAAGACGCAGCUAGUGGGGCUAAAGUGUCUCUAAAUCAAGACAAAUGCAGACCUAUUCCCACUUUGUUCACAUAGUAGUGCGCUGUUCAGAGUUAAACAAACAAACAAACUAAUAGCAUGCUUUAAUGCUCUCUUCAUUCAUUCAUCUGCGGAUCUGAACAAGAUGUGGCAGGGUGAAGAACUCCUGGGGGUUCUUCCCAGGAGACGCUUCAUAUCCAGACACAGAGAUGCAGGUCUAGCUGGUUGUAGGAAUAGCAAGGGGGGGAACAGGCUAGAAAAAGACCGUGAAGGAAGGCAGUUGAGAUUGGACCUCCAAGGAUUGUGAGAAGCUGGUGUUUAACGGGCCAGAAAACAUGAAAAAGCAAUUUGAGUGGAGGCUCCAGCAGCGAGGCUGCGUGACUGCACCCUCCUAUCAGGAUUCCUGCCCUUUUUGGCUACCUGUGUUUCCUCUAGACUGAAGGUUGGAAAAUAUGUCCAUGAACAUUUCAACAUGGGGGAACGAAUUCCAAUUCCUUCUCUGGAAAUCUCUAUAAAGAAGAAGUUACUGAAAUGUUUGAAACCAAAGGCAAAAGAGUGUUAUACUGUUGUUUUUAAUUAAUCUGAGGACAGGAGAAACUGUUUAGAAACUGAUGGUGAUAUCACUGCAAAAAUCAGUCAGUUCUUGAAGGCUCCCAUAUGAGCUGACUGCCUGGAAAAUGAUUAAUAGGACUGGGUUCUAUUGUGGGUUUAGAAAUAACACCACAAUUUGUGGGGUGCCAUUUUAUCUAGGGAAGAGAAGGCAGUAAGAAGCCUAAGAGGGAACAAGCUAGUAUUCGGAGGGAAGAAAUCUCACUGCAAACAAAACUAACUGCAAAGAAAAUACAAGAUAGUAUUCUUACGACUGAGUAGAAUUCCAAACUUUGAGCUAAUAAAUACAUGAGAUUUCAGUGGCCAAAUGGGGAAUCAGAGGCAAGUCAAUGAAAAGUUCAGCAUUAUUCACCUUGAUGGAAGGUUCUGUCUACUAUAAACAGAUUAAGAAUCCAGAUGUCUUGACAUUGAAUGCCAUGUAGAGAAGGGCCAUUUUCUUGGUAUCUGGGGAGGCUUGCACCAGCUUAAUGUGUAAGUGUGCUUUAAAAUUUAGGUUUUUAGUUUGGGUUCUUUGUGGAUGAGCUGUUCCACCUGCCCGCACCUGCAGUAGGUGAAAUACUGAGAGAACUCUUGGAAACCAAGUUUGAGAUUCUCCCCAUGUCUCUAUGCUUCAGUGCUAGUAUAUUUGAAAACCCAAUUUCUAAAAAAUGCUUUCAUAAAAUGUGGGCAUUUUUCUUAUUAUGGCAGACAAAAUAGUGGCCCAGUUCAAUCUAGGACACCCAUAAUGAAGUCAGUCAUUUAAUCUUCUUGACUCGCAUUUUUAAUGGUUAAUUUUUAAAUAAGACAUUACUUGAUACUUUGUUUUUGAAUUGAUAAUUUGUGCAAACCAGGAAAAUUUUAUUAUUAGGUUAAGCCAUAUGAAAUUGCUGACACUCAACCAUUUAAAAAAAAUAGGGCAAUUUCAUAUGGUUCAAUAUAAUAUAAUUGAAUCAUUUUUAUUCCCCUCUUUCCUUCGUAUCUACACUAAAGUCCAUUUUGAUUUUAUGGUCAUCCAUGGGCUUUGUCCUCUUCACUGCAAACAUUUUAUUCUAACCUACUUAAAUAUAAGUAAAUGGAGAUUUGCUAAGGCUAAAAGUUAGCUAGGUUUGUAAUUAUGUGGUUGGAUUUUUUAUUCAGUGGAUCAGAGUGAAUCACUGACCUGUCGUCCUAAUUUUGGUUUGUAAGAUGUGGAGAUUAAUCCUGACCUUACCAGGGGUCAUGGGAAGUGAGUCCACUCAUCAACGUGCUUCCACCUCUCAGAAGCAUCAUGCCUGUGCUGAGUGGCAGAAAAGUAGGCCUGAAAUCACCUCACUCAAGGCUGAGUGUCUGUUGCCAGUCUGGCAGAAAUCAGAUCAAAACUGCUAAGUAAUGGUGCAUCCAGCUGAAGAAAAGUUCCCCUGAGAGAGUAAUCCCAGGUCAUCUUAUAAACAUGCUUGUUCUGGGUUAGGGGGAUGACAGUUCAGUAGUCGAAUGCUCUAGAGCACAGGUUCUCAACCCUGGCUGCACAUUAGGAUUACCUGGCCAGUUUUUAAAACUAUUGAUGCUAGGGCCCUACCCUCAGAGAUUCAGAUUCAGUAGGUUUGGGGUGGGGCCUGUCUGCCAUGCUUUGUUCUAGAUCCUCAAGGAUUCUAAUACACAGCUAGGGUUGAGAGCCUCUUGUCUAGAACUUGCAGUGGACCCUAUUUGGAACCUUAAAGAAUGGCCUAGCAAUGAACGUUUUAUUUUAGUUGUUAGUCAUGUGGAACAAACAGUUGUUGAUCGGUAAUACAGACUGGGCAGCUGUGAGAGUUUCAUGCUAAUCUUUGCAGAAGUCAAGAAUGUACCUCUUAAAGUGCAACCUAGGGCUUCCCUGGUGGUGCAGUGGUUGAGAGUCCGCCUGCCGAUGCAGGGGACACGGGUUCAUGUCCCGGUCCGGGAAGAUCCCACAUGCCCCGGAGCGGCUGGGCCCGUGAGCCAUGGCCGCUGAGCCUGCGCGUCUGGAGCCUGUGCUCCGCAACGGGAGAGGCCACAACAGUGAGAGGCCCGCAUACCACACACACACACACACACAAAAGUGCAACCUAAAAGGUCACUUUUGAAAACCUUAGAGCGUGAGAAGGAGAGAUGGGCGACUUGAGUGUAUGUUUGGCGGGGGGGGGGGAUUAAAAACCUGUCAUGUUUGCCCCCAUCUGUGGGAAAAAAGGGGUUUUGUCUUAACUGAGCUGCAGACUAAUCAAAUGUGAAGGUUUCUGAGAUGGUAUCUUUGCAGUUUAACCUGAGAUUAUAUUAAUAGUCCCCAUUGCAGUCAAGUGAACUUUCUUUCUCUUCACACUUUGCUUGUCCCCAUGCCUGCAUCCACGAUGGACUCCUCAGGGUAAGGAUGGGCCCAUUUAUUGCCUGAGCAGAGGCCCCGUAUUAAGUGGAAAGUUGUGAUCACUUUGCUGUCACGUGGGGGUGGUGUCGGUAGCAGGUAAUUAAGGAGAUGCAAACUUUUGUAUAGCACCGACACAGGAAAGACAAAAACGCCUGCCAUUCCUUUUCAUACUCUUUUUGGGGACUACAAGGAGAACUGAACUAAAGAAGGAAAUUUGGUAUUUCUUCCUAGGAAACAGGUAUAGGAAGGGCAUAUGUGAUUAAGUGGACUCUGACCAUCAGGACUCAGAGUGACCAGACAAAGCAUUGAUGCCCUGCAGCCCAAAAUCACGCUGCGGCAUCAAAUGUUUCAUCAAGCAAACAGCAAGGCGCUCUUUACGCCGUGUUCUCUAGACCUGAAAAUGUCCUUCAUGGUUCAGUUGACAAAAUCUCUUUAGAAAACCUGAAAGAAUGUUAUCUCAGCUAUCCGCGAACAUUUCAGUCUCGGGCAAAGAAGUAAUGGUUCUUUCCAAAACAGAAGUCUGUUUCACGCACACACCUCCCACCCCCCAUCAUAGCUCUCCCUUUCUAUGUCCAGAGUGGAAGUUAAUGUUAUCAUGUCAGCUAUUUAAUGUGAACAAAAUGAUUGCUAAAUGUAGAAACACCGCUGAUGCGCUCAGGGGAGGUUGCUGGCAGGGCAAACAAGCAACUCAUCAGAGGGGAAAAUCAUCCGCUUGGAAACCUACCUUGGUACCCAUUGCGAGUUCUAAGAGGUAGAUCAGAAAGCUGAUUUUCCCAUCUGCUAUAAAAUGCAAUCUGGACUGAGAGCAUCUGGAAAGUCAGCUUUCUGAUUCAGUAAGUAUAUGACUCCUUAUUCCACUUCAGAAAUGGGACACUUGACAGGUUUCGUGCCUGCUUUUUGAUGUUGCUUCUGUAGGUGAAUUAGUGUAGGAGCUAGUCUGUCAAAUACAAUAGACUGGUAUCAUUGAAUUCUGAUCUCUUCUGUUGUUUUUUUAAAUGAGAAUCUGGCUCACCAGUGUCAAUUGCUGCGUUCUGAUACAGUAAAUUGAGGGCAUCUAGUGGCCAAGAGUUAGAGUUUAGAAACGACCCACCUAAAUGCUGCUUUCACCAUGUGGAUACCUCAAAAGACCUUCCCUCUUUCUAAAACCUAAUAAGAACAAUCUACAGAGAAAUAUUCUGGAAACCAAUGCUAGUGUCUAACGAGGAAAAGCAAGUAGACUCUUUGACAAUCCUUUCAAAACGAGACCUAGAAAUAAACCAUUUUUUUUCCAGUUCCAAGUUUCAUAAGCAGAGUUUUUAUAAAUUAACAAACCCAUCUUGUCAGCCAGUGCUAGCAGAAAUUGUAAAGAGCAAAACCAAAGUUUUUGAUGUCAGUUUUAUUUUUGUAAGCAGGGUAUAGUCUAACCAUGGCCCACAUGGCGCACACAGGCAGCCAGUUUUCUGCUACAUGAACCUUGGAAAAGAUGAGAAGGAAGGGCUGCCUGUUCUGCUGCCCUUUGUAAAGAUGUGUACCAGACAUGAGAGUGCUCGGGAGAGGGAGAGGUUACCUUCUCAUCCUGAUGGCCACCUUUUCAAAUGGGUUCACAGAACUGCCACAUGUCAUGGUCAGCUCAACUCUUGGCCAGUGGAAAAUUAUCUGGGCCUGUAUGUGUUGGGGGAACUCAGGUGGAAAAGGACUUGGAAACAGCAUGAAGAACUCUACAUCUGCUGUCUAAAGCACUUCAAAAAAGUUAAGAUCCCAGUGUUACUGGGUGAGUAUCUAGCUGCAUGGACAUUUGGGGGUUGACUUUAGUUGUGAUUAUUCCAGCUUUGGGCUUUGGAGAAGCAGUGGGAUGAUUUUCAGUCAUGCGGGUGUUAAGUCUAUGGAUUUGGAAUUUGUCCCUGAAAUCACUCAUUCGAAGUAUGACUUCAUGGUAGGGUCACCUCCUAGGUUUUUAAUUUUUUACAUAAAAUACAUCUGGUACUUCUUACUUAGGAAGUUUUACUAUGUCUAUUAAAAUGAUUAAAUGGGAAGGCCACCAAGAUUCAUUUAAUAGCUGAAAAGCAGUUUUUUAAAUAGAAUAGGAUGAAUUUAAUUAUGGGCUGAUGUGACCUUCUGGGGAAUUUUUUUAUAGAGAGCUUACAUACUGUAAUUGGGGAAAUUUUUGUCUUUUACUUCCAUUCAACAGUAGCAAACUGGUGGCUUUAUAAAAUUAACAUAGGAUGUUAUAUAAACAUGUUAUAUAAAAUAAUAUUAAAGUAUGUCUAACUGUGAAAAAGUGAAGACUUGGAGUUAUCAGCAACCUUUAUGUGCAAUAAGAAAAACUGGAGUUAGGCCCCCAAAGUGCUCCCUUUCCCUAGCAUUUUACUUAAUGUUUGCCUUUGUGUAUAUGUUUAGAUUGAUAUUAUAAAGCUAGCUACAUGUUUUCCUGCCCUUUACUGAUAUUUAACACAUUUUUCUCAAAGCUUUUUUUUUUUAACAAAACUCAAAAUAAAAAGAUUAACUGGGUGA